AGUUGGAAAAAAGAAAGCCUUUUUCAGAAACGGAAGACAGCCUCUCCUAAAAUCAUGAUUAAUUGUUUUAUCUGUAUGCCAAUACUUCCUCUGAUUCUCUUUGUUGGGAAUACACCUAUCUGUUGUUCUGGCGUCCUGUCAUCAUGGCUUGACCAAAUAACUGACUCAGCUGAUGAUUAUUACUAUGAAUACAGCACUGAAUACACACAGGCGGAAGUGACUGAUCCUGGAUCUAGUUCUCCUGCUACAUAUCCUGACUGGUUUGAUGAGUACUUAGAUUAUGAUGUAAAUCCCUGCCAGGCCAAUCCAUGUCAGAAUAAUGGAGUGUGUGAAAGGAGCAAAAACAGCUAUAAAUGUCGUUGCCCUGAACCUUAUACAGGAUCUAAGUGCGAGAAGGUGAAGAAUACCUGUGAAACAAUAAACUGCAAUAGAGGAGAUUGCCUUGUGACUUUAGAAGCUCCUUAUUAUCGGUGCCAUUGCAGACACCCUUACAAAGAACCAUUUUGUGGGAAAGCAAAAUCCGCUUGUCGACCAAAUCCUUGCAAAAAUGGAGGCACCUGUAAGAGACACAGGAUAAGAUCCAAGUUUAGCUGUAUAUGCCCUGAGCCAUUUAGAGGAAAAUUCUGUGAAAUAGGAAGUCAAGAUUGUUUCGAAGGAAAUGGCCAUACAUAUAGAGGAAAUGUUAGUGGAACAGUGCUCCAGAAAACUUGCCUUCAAUGGAAUUCUCACCAUCUUUUAGAUAAUAGUUACAAUGCUUUUAUGGAAGAUGCCAACUUUUACGAUCUUGGUGACCAUAACUACUGCAGGAAUCCAGAUGGUGAUGAGAAGCCCUGGUGUUUUGUCAAAGUGAAUAACAAACUGAAAUGGGACUUCUGCGAUGUUUCCCCAUGCCCAGCAUCAGCACAGUCACCUAGGAAUAGAGCUGUCACUACCUAUAAUCAUGCAGAGAAUGAUGCGCGCAGUACCUGUGGAAAACCAGAGAUAGUAGGACCAUACAAGAGGAUCUAUGGUGGUGCCAAAACAGUCCCUGGCAAGCAUCCCUGGCAAGCUUCUGUGCAGAGGAAGUUUUCAAUGGGUCUCUUUUUGUCAGAAGGACACUACUGUGGAGGAGUACUGAUCGAGCCAUGCUGGGUUCUUACUGCUGCGCAUUGUAUUAUAACAGAAGCACGGACUCUCCGAGUGUCUCUUGGAAAACAAGACCUCUGUAGGAAAGAGCACCACGAACAAAUGUUUGAUGUAGAAAAGAUCAUUAAACAUGGACACUACACAGAACGGGAAAACAUCCCAUACAAUGACAUUGCACUGUUGAAGCUGAAACCAACUGGUGGCCAUUGUGCAGUGGAAACAAAAUAUGUGAAACCAGUCUGCUUACCCAAUUCACCAUUUCCUGAUGGCACAGAAUGCUACGUAUCAGGUUGGGGUGAGACAGAAAUAGGUGAAUCAUCUCAUCAGCUGUUAGAUGCCAGAGUAAAGCUGAUUUCCCAGAUGCAGUGUAACGCACCGAGUGCAUAUAAUAACAGACUGGAUGAAAGCAUGCUUUGUGCAGGAAAUCUUCAGAGAACAAGAGCUGAUACUUGUCAGGGAGAUUCAGGAGGGCCUUUAACUUGCAUUAAAAAUGGUUCUUAUUAUCUCUAUGGAAUUGUGAGCUGGGGAGACCAGUGUGGAUUAAAAAAUAAACCAGGAGUUUAUACUCGAGUCACAAGAUUUCUCAACUGGAUCCGUACAAAAAUUCAACAUGAGUCCAAUUCCCACAACUAAGAAAGACCUUUCAGAAAUGAAGAGGAAGACAGAGCAAUCUAACAUCAGGUUGAAGAGAAGAUCCUCCACAGAGUGACCUCUAUCUAGAAACACGGUAGCUACAGGAAGCCAACACAGAAAAUAUGAUUUAUUAACCUUUCCCCCCUCCCUCACACCCUUCCUGUUUUUGGCUUUAUGUUCCCUUCCACUGAAACCAGCAGGAAGGAAUAAGCUUAUGACAUCCUAGGGCCUCAGACAGGAACCUGUGGCUUCAUGGUGCAUGUGUCUGCAAAGAGGCUGAAGUCAUGUGAAGUCACUCAUGCAAUACUCUCCGAAUGCUGUAUUAUGGCCAUCAGAAUUGCACCUACAAAGCUUCCUGGGAGUUAAGUUGGCGCCUCCAGAGUAGACAUUCUCUGCCAGUGGAGCACAUAACAGAUGAUCCUUUACCCUCCACACUUCCAAGCAAUCUGCUAUUUAAAGUAUUAACAAGCAGGAAUAAAAUAGUAACAAAUCACAUGAAAAGGACUACACAUCUUGGAAAGCAUGAGCCACACUUGAUACCUUAUAAAACCCAUGAGACUUAACAUGAUCUCAAACUUCUUGGACUCAGUGACACUUAGAUACAUUUGGAUUUCUCGAGACUAUACUCUUGACUAUUGCAGUCUCAGGCUGGCCCCACAGAUCAUGAAAACAUGUGCCAAUAAAAGCAGCAUUACAGCAUAAAAGACAGGUUGGUAGGUAUUUUUCAUAUCAUAUCAUCCUUGCUUUUCAGGAAAAACUCAAGGAAACAUAUGUGUAAGAAUCAUAUGCCCAGAAGCUCCAGCCAAUUGCAACUCCUUGCUGCAUAUUUCUCACAUUUUUGAACACAAAUGUCUUGUCAAUUGGUAGAGAAAAGUCAUGGAUGGCAUAACAGCCUAUGACACAGGAAAAGGUUGUCUGAAUUAGUUGUACAGUGGUCCUCAGACUGCAGUACCAAUGUAGUGUUGUAUUAGAAGAAUAUCCACUAGUCGAUAGCUACUACAAAAGGUAUCCUUUCCCUUAGCUUCACAUAUCUUACAGGGUUACUGUGGAAUAAAUUGGUGGAAAAUGAAACUUAUAUACUUAAGUUUCUUGGACAAAGGUUGAAUGUAAAAGUAAGUAAUUAAACAAAAAAUUUAAAAAAAUAA